AUGUCUAGCACUCUCAAUCACGCGAACGACACAUAUAUGCCUAGUGAUAUGGCAGAUAUGUCGCUGAUGGAUUUCGACUAUCCGGAGUAUCAGGAAUUCAACUUCGAUGAGCUAACUGCGCCCGAGCCAGCCAUCGCUCCCAAUGACUUGGCUAAUAUGUUGCUGAUGGAUUUCGGCUACCCGGAAGAUCAGGAGCUCAACCUCAAUGUGGCUGGGCCAGCUGAGCCUGUUGCGAGUGCACGGCAGCACUUAGCUCGUCCCAUCCUUGGCCACCAAUGCAUUGAGUGUAAAGAGAGCUUCUCCACCAAGACAGCUUUGGAUCUGCAUGGUUCGCAACUCGGCCAUAGUCCAUUCGCCUGCACCUGCGGUGGCCGUUUCUCCAGGUCUGAUGUUCUUGCUCGACACGUCAAGUCCAAGGAAGUGGGACAGCCUCAAUACCCUUGCCACUUCUGCAACAGGCAUCAAGGCGAGGCGGCCUUCCGCCGGCGAGACCAUCUCACUCAGCACCUCGUUCAAUACCACAAGCAUGACCUUGCUUCAAACAUUCAGGCACCACCAUCAGGUUUCGCUUCUGUCCCCACCUGUCCACACCUUGAGUGCUUCCCGUCGCAGUGGUCCUUUACCACGAAUGCAGGCUAUUAUCGACAUAUGAGAAGUGUUCACCAAGAGACACCCUUCGAGUGCACAGUUCCCAACUGUGAUCGAGUUGGCGCAAAGGGAUACUUUCGGGAGAAGGACUUGUCCAACCACUGCCGAUCGAAACACGCUGACACAGAGCUUCAGUAGAAGGUCUGUGGCUAGGGGUCUAACAGGCUUGGAAUCGCUGCA